GCACACACACUUGGACUGGCAGCCGGGCAGCCGCCGGGGAGGGGAAGGAGGGCGAGAAAAGGGCGAGGACAGCGGAUAAUCGAGAGGGGCCGGCGUGCGAGGCAGGCGCAGCCCGGCACCGGGCCAGCCCCGAGCACACGAGCAGCCCCGCGCAGCCGGGGCGCCUCGGGAGCCCAGCCGGGGGCUGGUGUCGGCCCCUCCCUCCAGCGCAGCCCGAGGCCCGCCGGCCGGGCCGCCAGCCCCUGCUCCGGAGUCGGCGCGUCCAGCCGCAGCCAGCCCCGCCACCCCAGCCCGCCGGCCAGAGCCCAGGCACCGAGUCCGCCCCGGUGAUCUCGGGCCGGCCGAGCCGCCGGCGGGGGAGCUGGGACCCCGCGCCCCGCAGCCCAGGUUGACGAUGCUCGGUCCGGCCGUCUGAGGAGGGGGCAUGGAGACGGACGCUCGCGGCUGCUGACGGGGACAUGGGACUCCACUCGCCAUCGGUCACUUGUGUGGAUUUUACCGGCCCGGAGCCCCCGAGGCAGCGUGAAAGACAACCAGGACUCUGGCAGAGAGCCCCCACCGAAGGCCCUCCUACUUUGUUAUUGUAAUUUCCUGCGGAGAGAGAGAAAAUGUCCGAGCAAGGGGAGUCCACCACUCAGUCUGCGGAGGCCCCUGGGGCGGAGCAGGAAGCCAGGACCCCAGAGAACGGCAUCAUUCAGUCAGACAGCCUGGAUGAGGAAGAGAAGCUGGAACUUCAGCGGCGGCUGGCAGCCCAGAACCAGGAGAGGAGGAAGUCCAAGUCAGGAGCAGGGAAGGGCAAGCUGACCCGGAGUCUGGCCGUCUGUGAGGAGUCUUCCUCCCGCCCAGGAGCAGAGGGUCUCCAAGACCAGGAGGCGGUUCAUUUGCAGCUUUCCAGGCUUCCCAGCCUGCAGGAGGAUGAGAAGCCCAGGAAAGAGGACUCGGAGAGAGAGAAGGAGAAGCCCAAGGAGAAAGCCUGGGAGAAGUCCAAGGUCCGAAUGCUGUCCAAAGAUUGCAGCCAGGAGUACACCGACUCCACGGGCAUCGACUUGCACGAGUUCCUGGUCAGCACCCUGAAGAGCAACCCCAGGGACAGGAUGAUACUCUUGAAAAUGGAACAAGAAAUCAUGGACUUCAUCAGUGAUGACAAGAAUCAUUACAAAAAGUUUCCUCAGAUGUCAUCCUAUCAGAGGAUGCUGGUGCACCGAGUGGCUGCGUACUUUGGAAUGGAUCACAACGUGGACCAAACUGGAAAAUCGGUCAUCAUCAACAAGACUGGGAGCACCAGAAUACCAGAGCAAAGGUUCUGUGAACAUUUAAAAGAUGACAAAGGUGAAGAAGGCCAGAAGCGGUUUAUCUUGAAGCGAGAUAACUCUAGUAUUGAUAAAGAAGACAAUCAGCAAAACAGAAUUCAUCCAUUUAGAGAUGACAAACGAAGUAAAUCAAUGGAAGAGAGAGAAGAGGAGUAUCAGAGAGUGAGGGAGAGAAUAUUUGCACAAGAUUCAGUUUGCUCCCAGGAAAGCCUUUUUGUGGAGACCAGGAGGCUCUUGGAGGACAGUAGCCUAUGCAAGGAGACCCGUAGGAAAAGGCAGCAGUUUAGGGGCAACCGCGAUGGGUCGGGGAAGAUGUCGGGGAGUCGCCAGAGCAGCACCGAGAACGAGCUGAGAUGGCCCGACUCCCAGAGGCCGUGGAGCAGCACCGACUCGGACAGCUCCAGCCGCAACCUCAAGCCGGCCAUCACCAAGACCGCCAGCUUCGGGGGCAUCACGGUGCUGACCAGGGGCGACAGCUCGUCCAGCGCCAGGAGCGCCGGCAAACUCUCCAAAGCAGGCUCGGAAUCUUCCAGCAGUGCCGGCUCCUCGGGGUCCCUGUCCAGAGCCCACCAGCCUCUCCAAAGCGGCCCCCUCCUCCCUGGGGGGCCCGCCCCCUCCUCGGGCAGCGGGGCCUUCUCGGAGAACCAGGCGGGCAACGCCAGCUACAUCCUGCUCCCACUUGAAGCUGCAGGCAUCCCCCCGGGCAGCAUCCUCCUCAACCCCCACACAGGCCAGCCCUUCGUGAAUCCCGACGGGACGCCGGCCGUCUACAACCCCCCGAGCAGCCAGCAGCCUGUGAGGAGCCCAAUGGGGGCCCAGCCCCAGCAGCAGCCGUCCCCCCAGGCCCCGCAGCAGGUGCAGCCGCCCCAGCAGCAGAUGGCCCCCCAUCUGGUCACGCAGGCUCUGCAGCCCUCCUCGCAGUCAGGGCAGUACCCCGGCGUCUCCUACCCUCCCCAGCACCUCCUGCCCAUGUCUCCGGCGCAGCAGUUUCCUGUGAGGGAUGACAUGGCCGCCCAGUUCAGCCAGAUCAGCCUGAGCCGUCAGUCUUCGGGAGACGCCCCCGAGCCCCCGCCCGGCCCCGUGUACCCGCAGCCCAUCCUGCAGCAGCCGGGCCAGCCGGCCUACGUCCUCACCUCCACGGGCCAGCAGCUUCCUCCCGGGGGCUUCUCGGGCUCGGGGCCCCCCCUCUCCCAGCAGGUCCUCGCGCCCUCCCCGGCGCCCCAGGGCUUUGUCCAGCAGGCCGCCCCCGCCCAGAUGCCAGUGUACUAUUACCCAUCCGGUCAGUUCCCUACCUCAUCGCCUCAGCAGUACCGGCCCGUGGGCUCCGUCCAGUACAGCGCCCAGAGAAGCCCCCAGAUGCCGCCACCGGCUGCCCAGCAAACAGGUUACCAGUCGGUCUUGUCCAAUCAGCAGCAAGGCUUCCAAGGCCUCAUGAGUGUGUCGCAGCCACCUCAGAGUCAGAGUCUGAUGAGCAGCCCUCAAGGGAGUCAGGUGCAAGGCAUGAUGGUCCCCUAUCCAUCCAUGUCUUCUUAUCAGGUGUCCAUGACUCAGGGUUCUCCAGGGCUGCCCCAGCAAUCCUACCAGCAGGCCCUCAUGCUCCCCGGUCAGUCGGGCCCCAGCGCGGGAACGCUCCCCACGGCCGCCAUGCCCGUCUACUGCAGUGUCAUACCUCCAUCCACCCAGGGCAACCUGAGGCUCAUGACCCCCCACUGCCCCUCCCAGAGCGUCCCGGUGAUCUCGGCGAGCUGCAGGACAAACUGCGCCAGCUCCCACAACGCGGGGUGGCCCGUGAAGUACUAGGCCGGGCGCCGAGCCCGCAGACCAAGCGUUCCCCCGCUCCCGGCGGGGAGAGGAGCCGGGGGUGGGGCGGGGAGACCCCCGUUCGUGACCCCCCCCCCUGCUGAUAGUCCCCCCCACACAGAAGGAUCGCAGUGUCGGCGGCUAACGGUGCAUACACUUGUCAUGUCUGCUGGGAAGGCCCCAGGGCUCAGCCAGGGACAUGGUCUCAUCAAGGUAAGAUUAUUUCCUACCGCUGAACACCACUGUGUAGAUUGUAAUAUUCCUCAUUUGGAUUAGUUUUGUAUUUUGUGUUGAGUUUGUGAAACUAAAAGUAUUUAAGAAAAUUAUAUAAUAAAAUCACAUUGUACCAAAGCUGUAAUGGAAAAAAACAGAGUUGCUGAAUGGAAGGAAUAAUUUAUAUACACACCAUAGAGUUUUUUAUGGAUAUAUACUGUAUUGUAGUGUCUAACCCAAAUAAAACUAUUGACCUCCGGGAGGAAGGUCAGGUUUCUA